GUGGCUAGCAGGUCUUUGUGAAGAGCCUCGAUGCAUCUCCUGGGAAUCCUGGCAAGCAUCCUCCGAAGUCAAAGCCAGUAACUCGCCCCCCGAAGGGCGGGGCCAGUUUCCAGGGCUAAGCUCCGCCCCCGCCCGCCCCACCGCGCGGCGCAGGCGCGGUGGCCACCAGGGCGGGGCUCGGCCUCCAUGACGUCAGAACGCCUCGCUCCUUACAGCCUCCCAGCUCCGAGUCCCUCGCGGGCCGGGGCGGGGCAGGCAGCCCUCUGAGUUAUUCCGGUGACCGCGCCAGUUUGAAUGAAAUCUCCGCAAGAUGGCGGCGGCCAGGGCCAAGGCACGGAGCGGUGAGGCCGGAGCGCAGUGUCACCGGGCUCCAGGUCCGCCCCCGAGGCCCAAGCCCAGGCGGACGGCGAGACGCCGCUGCGCGGACACCCUGAUGGCGCGACGCUCGCGGCCGUGUGAGGGCGGGAGACGCGCCGGCGUCGGCGCCGACCGCGCGAGGUGCGGAGCUCCGCGGGCCGCGGUCCUUGGUGACGAGUGUGCACGAGGUGCCUUAUUCAAGGCCUGGUGUGUGCCUUGCCUAGUUUCACUUGAUACUCUCCAGGAAUUAUGUAGAAAAGAAAAGCUCACAUGUAAAUCGAUUGGAAUCACCAAAAGGAAUCUAAACAAUUAUGAGGUGGAGUACUUGUGUGACUACAAGGUAGCAAAGGGUAUGGAAUAUUAUCUUGUAAAGUGGAAAGGAUGGCCUGACUCUACAAACACCUGGGAGCCCUUGAGGAACCUCAGGUGUCCACAGCUCCUGCAGCAGUUCUCUGUUGACAAGAGCACUUACUUAUCUCAGGAAAGGAAACACAAAGCUGUUGCUUCAAAAAACAACAAAUCCUUGCGACCUGCAGUUGCUGAGUACAUUGUACAGAAAGCUAAGCAAAGAAUAGCUCUGCAGAGAUGGCAAGAUUACCUCAACAGAAGAAAGAACCACAAAGGGAUGAUAUUUGUUGAAAAUACUGUUGACUUGGAGGGCCCGCCUUUAGACUUCUACUAUAUUAACGAAUACAGGCCAGCUCCUGGGAUCAACUUAAACAGUGAAGCUACCUUUGGAUGCUCAUGUACAGACUGCUUCUUUGAAAAGUGUUGUCCUGCUGAAGCUGGAGUUGUUUUGGCUUAUAAUAAGAACCAACAAAUUAAAAUCCAGCCAGGCACUCCCAUCUACGAAUGCAACUCAAGGUGUCGAUGUGGACCUGAUUGUCCCAAUAGGAUUGUACAAAAAGGCACACAAUAUUCACUGUGCAUCUUUAGAACUAGCAAUGGCUGUGGCUGGGGUGUAAAAACCCUUGUGAAGAUUAAAAGAAUGAGUUUUGUCAUGGAAUAUGUUGGAGAGGUGAUCACAAGUGAAGAGGCCGAGAGACGGGGACAGUUCUAUGACAACAAAGGGAUCACCUACCUCUUUGAUCUGGACUAUGAGUCUGAUGAGUUCACAGUGGAUGCAGCUCGAUAUGGAAAUGUAUCUCAUUUUGUGAAUCACAGUUGUGACCCAAAUCUUCAGGUGUUUAGUGUUUUCAUCGAUAACCUUGAUACUCGGCUGCCCAGGAUAGCAUUGUUCUCUACAAGAACCAUAAAGGCUGGAGAAGAGCUGACUUUUGACUAUCAAAUGAAAGGUUCUGGAGAAACAUCUUCAGACUCUAUUGACCACAGCCCUGCCAAAAAAAGGGUCAGAACCCAAUGUAAAUGUGGAGCUGAGGCUUGCAGAGGUUACCUCAACUGAAGUU